AUGGAACGGAAUCAUUUAAAAGACGGCGUUGGCAUACAGGUCGACGAUAGUCACUCAAAGGAACUCUGGGAUACGGCACUCAAUCCCCCCAGCCGUAGUGUUCUCCCUCCAGCAGCAUCACUGGCGCACUCGCGCUCAUCCAUCAUUACUGAACUCUCUCAUACUGGUCAAGGAUACACUCAAACCAAGGACCAUUUGUUCAAUGAUAUCAUCCCCGGGUUGAAUGACUCUGCAAUCAAUGCAAAUUACUAUGGCUUUGUAACCGGCGGAGUGACUCCUGCAGCUUUAUUAGCCGACAACGUUGUCUCUGUCUAUGACCAAAACGUCUGCGUUCAUCUUGUCGACCACUCGGUUGCAACAGACGUGGAUUAUGCUGCCCUUUGCCUGUUAAAGGAUUUAUUCGGGCUUAAGAGGGACGAAUGGCCCCAUGGGAUAUUUACUACCGGUGCCACUGCUAGCAAUUUGGUUGGUCUAGCGUGUGGAAGAGAGUACGUCUUACGAAAGGCAGCUCAAAAACGAGGUACCAGUGGAAAUAUCGCUUCCGGCAACAUUACAGAUAGUGUGGGCGAGUAUGGUAUGCCUGCAGUUCUUGAAGCAGCGGGCCUGAAGGGUCUUCAGGUAUUGUCUACCAUGCCACAUUCUUCUGUGGGAAAGGUUGCCGGUAUCUUAGGAAUUGGUAGGGCAAAUGUCAAGUCCAUAAUAUCAAAAACUGGCGAAUCUCACGGACAGCCAUUGGAGUUUGACUUUGAACUGUUUGAAAAGGAGUUGGCAAGGGAUGGUUUUGCUUCAAUCGUGUCUAUUUCCUGCGGAGAAGUCAAUACCGGACGCUUUGCAACCAAGGGAAUAGACGAGUUCAGGCGUGUACGGGAACUAUGUGAUAAGUACAAUGCAUGGCUUCAUGUUGAUGCUGCGUUCGGGAUGUUUGGGCGUGUCCUUGAUGAUAGCCCGGAGUUCGAAAUUAUCAAGAAAGGUAGUGAAGGGAUUGAACUUGCGGAUUCAAUUACUGGGGACGGGCAUAAACUACUGAAUGUCCCAUACGACUGCGGAUUCUUUUUCUCUCGCCACGGAGAUGUUGCAGAGGAGGUCUUUAGAAAUCCUAAUGCCGUCUACCUCUCGUCUUCAUCCGGAGAGCAUAUACCAACACCCCUCAAUAUAGGCGUGGAGAAUUCAAGGCGAUUCAGGGCCUUGCCUGUCUACUCGACUCUUGUUGCAUAUGGCAAAGACGGUUAUAGAGCCAUGGUGGAGAAACAAAUUCGGCUUGCCAGGCUGGUUACCGACUGGCUCCACGAGCAUCCCAAAUACACGAUUCUCGGAGGUGGAGCUUCAAAAGAAGACUUGAUCGCUGCCACAUACGUUAUAGUUCUAUUUAGAGCCAAAGAUGAAGCACUCAAUGCCAGGCUGGCUAGUGCAAUAAAUGGUACUGGCAAGAUGUUUGUCUCUGGGACUAAGUGGGCUGGGGAGCCUGCAUGUCGGGUUGCAAUUUCGAACUGGAAAGUACAAGUUGAGAGAGAUUUCACCUUGAUUAAGGAGGUUCUUGAUGAAGUUUCUAGAUAG